AUGGUACCUGCAGAGGCUCCAUCUGCUCUUCUUCCCUUCAUCCCUAUCCUCUCUAUUCUGCUUUUCCAGAUCCGAAAGAGAAGCAAAGCGUGCCGUGGAGGCCUGUGGGAAAAUGACGUGCUAGUAUCUAUCAACGGGAAGUCAUGUGCUGGCCUCUCCCAUGCUACUGCCAUGCAGAUCAUUGACUCCUCCAAUGGCACGCUCAACAUCCGCGUGAAAAGGAUAGUUGGUGGGGACCAGACCGGCCCACGGCUCCAGCGCCCCCCUUCUCCAGGGCAGCGAGUGCGGUCCACACCGUCCCCCCCCGCCGCCCCCCUCGCCCCAAACCCGCCGGGCGCCCCAGCCACAGCACAGCCCUCGCAGCCACGGAAGUCGCAGAGGCACCUGGAGAGCCUCACCUCCCCACCGGACAGUGAGGCCUACUAUGGCGAGACGGACAGCGAUGCUGACAACGUGGCCCAGGAGAAGCACCGCCGGGCUCGCAAGAAAAGCCCGCGCUCCCCACCCGACAGCACCAACAGCAAGGGGGAUGCGCCUCAGGAUGAGGUGUCCCUGUCCGAACAGAGCGGCUACGAGAGCAUGCCGGAGGCUGCUGCGCAGGGGGGACCCGAGGUGGCCACCUCUGUCGGGGUGGCCAAGAGGGAGAUUGCCUGCCCGCCUGGCAGCCGCACAGACACUCCAUUCUCGGAGAGCGAGGGACAGUUGCGGCCACCGUCAACAGAGGGACGGGAGCCUUCUCCAGAGGCGAUGCUCCUGCCCCAUGCCACCAAGGCUAUCCGAGCAGAACGCCAUCUCAUCCCCAUGGUGGGGCCAGUGGAGCACCCGGUUGACGAAGACCUAACCACCACGUAUGCGGAGAAAGCCAAGCAGGCCAAGCUCCACCGCCACGAGAGCAUCCAAGAGAAGAACGUGAAAGAAGCCAAAACCAAGUGCAGAACCAUUGCAUCCCUGCUGACAGACGCACCCAACCCCCACUCCAAGGGGGUGCUGAUGUUCAAGAAGCGCAGGCAGAGGGCUAAGAAGUAUACAUUGGUAAGCUUUGGGAGUGUCGACGAAGACCGCUCCUACGAGGAGGAAGACGGAGUUUUUCCAACUAGUGAGUCUGAAUUUGAUGAGGAAGGUUUCUCUGAUGCCCGAAGCCUAACUAAUCACUCAGACUGGGACACCACUUACCUGGACAUUGAAAAGGCCAAGUCUGACUCUGAACAGAAGGAAGAGAAGCAAAAAGGUUUAAGUGAGGCCUCAGGUAAAGGAGCACGAUUAUUUGAGCAGCAGAGGGAACGGGUUGGGAAGUACACAGUCGAGAAAGUCCCAGCACAGAAGAGGCCCCAGCUUGCCCCGGCUGCCCAGCCGCAGCAGGGCACAGUGAACGGAGACAUGCCUGUGCCACAGAAGGCAGACAGUGUGCCCCUCAGCAUCCACCUGGAAGGCGUGCAAGUGCCCAGCAAGCAGCCAGCCACCCUCCCCACUCAGCUCCUGGCUCCCCCUAGCCCCACUUUCUUCCCGCCUCCCCCAAGCACCCCUGACCCCUCCUCUGCAAGCACAACGAGCAUGUUCAACAGGUCUGCACGGCCCUUUACUCCUGGCUUUUCUGGCCAACGCCCAGCAACAUCCUCUGUCAUCUUCAGGCCAUCUGCACCCAAAAAACCUAGUGAAAGUCUGGGUGGGCAAAGCACAGUGGUUCCCCCUUUCUCGCCUCUGGCUCCAGGAACACCUGCCAAUGCACCAGUGCCAACGCACCGCAGUCCAGUCAGCUCCUCCACAUCUCUGUAUAUUCCUGCACCAGGAAGGCCAACACCACCACUGGAGUCACAGCCAAGAGGGGGAGGAAGUGCUCCAGAGACGAAGCCUUCUGCCAACACUGCCCGGACAUCCACCACCUCUAUCUUUCUGUCAACUCCCUCGAAGCCAGGGGGGGAGGUGGCCUCCGCAGCAUCCCAGCCACGAGUCCCUGGAACAGCCUCUUCUUCUUUGUAUAUUAGUCCAGCACCAUCACAGCACACGAUAAGCAGUUCCCCCGUGCCAAAGCAGCCUUCUCCUGCCAUCUCACCAGCAAUGCCACGACCUCCUUCUGAGCCCUUAACCUCCAGGGAGCAGAGGAUUGCCGUACCAGCUCCCCGCACAGGCAUCCUGCAGGAGGCUCGCCGGCGGGGCAACAAGAAACCCAUGUUCAGUAAGAUUGAGGAGAAGAAGAAGAAUUCACCCAACCCAGAGCUCCUGUCUCUGGUGCAGAACCUGGAUGAGAAGCCGAAAGGUGACCACCCUGGGGCAGGCUUCGAGUCUGGGCCUGAGGAAGACUUCCUCAGCCUGGGCGCUGAGGCCUGCAACUUCAUGCAGUCCUCUGGCCGAAAGUUCAAGACCCCACCUCCGGUGGCUCCUAAGCCUCAGCAGCAAGAUGGUGGUCUGGUAAAUGGGGCCCAGGACAUGCCUCAGCUUAAAGGCAAGGGGGCAGAGCUCUUUGCCAAACGCCAGAGCCGCAUGGACAAAUUUGUGGUGGAGACGACACCGAAGCCAGAGUCCAAGCCCAGGACCCCCUCUCCUUCCCCUUCUCUACCCUCAUCCUGGAAAUAUUCACCCAACAUCAGGGCUCCCCCUCCAAUAGCUUACAACCCCAUGCAUUCCCCUUUCUAUCCUCUGGCAGCUAGCAAAUCUCAGGCUAGCAAAGCAGAGAGCAAAGUGAAAAAGGCACCUGGCCAGAAAUCAGGGAUCAAGGUCAUUGAUUUAAUGCGCCACCAGCCCUACCAAUUAAAGUCAGCCAUGUUCUGUUUUGGGGAUCCCCCAAGCUCCAGCAUUCAGGAGUCUCCUGGUCAGGCAGCCCCUCAGGCUAGCUCGUCCUUCACGGCAGCCAAGCAGGUCCCGGUGAAAACAGCCAAGACCCAGGAGAUUCGUCGCUUCUCCACUCCGGCUCCCAUGCCAGCCUCAAGCAGCCUGGCACCCACCGUGCUUGUGCCCCGCUCGGCCACCACGUUGGAUGAGCCGGUGUGGAGAACAGAAAUGGCCUCUUCCGCCCCCACUACACCAGCGCCCUUCCAGGUGGAGCUCAGCCAGUCCCCUAAGCCAUACCAGAGCUCCCCAGAGCCCGGUCAGGUGGGCCAGGGGCCUUCCCCAAACCCAGCCUCGGCCUCUCGGUUUCAGGUGGCCAGGCCCAAAUUCUCAGCAGCAAGAACAGGGAUGCAGGCCAAUGUGUGGAGGCCGAGCUUUGGCCACCACUAA